ACAAAGAACUCCGGGGAAGAAGCAAAGUCUGGUUCAGUGCAAUGGAUUUUUCUCAGUGACCGACUGGUACCUGAACACCCACCAGACCAAACAAUCCCUGCUGGAGGCCGUAGCCAACCUGCCAAAGAGAGGAGGAGACGACUACUUCAUAGGAGAUGCUCUGUGGGACAUCCGAUAUGUGUUCUUUCGACCCGAUAAGGGAAUGCGUUCAGACUCCCAAAAAAUUCUCAUCCUGAUUACUGAUGGAGAGUCUCGGGACAUCGUAUCCCUCGACUCACAUCACCUGAGAGACGACGGCAUUGAGAUCUACACUAUUGGUGUAAAGAAUGUAAACGAGGCUCAGCUGAGGACCAUCGCCUCAGAUCCUGAUGAAAUUCACAUGUUCAGUGUCAUCGACUCCUCGUUCCUCCUGGACAUCGUUGCCAACCUCACCAUCAACCUCUGUAACAGAGUCAACAGCUACAGCUCAGAGAUUGAUGAGCAGCGGCAGGGGGCGCUCUAG